CUCAGCUGGGCUCCGAGCUGCCCCGGCCCUGCGGAGCUGGGGAGGGGCCGCGGGCAGUUGUCCUCGCUCUGCCGCUCUGGAUUAGGUGUCCCCGAGGUCAGGUUUCCCUCUGCCUUCCUCCUCUUAUGCAACAGCAGCGCUGGCACCGGCUGCACUCGGACUUUCCUGGCCUCUCCCUGCUGCCCGCAGCCCCGGGGCGGGAUGGAUGGGGCAGCUCCCCAGCGCACCCCGUGGUUACUCCCAGCCGGGGGGGUGAGGAGGGGAUCCCCAGCAGAGCCGUGGGGCGGCCCCGCACCGCUUCCUCUGCCCACACCUCUCUCCUGUGCAGAUUUGCAGCACCAUGCGGCCUCGGCUUCGGCCGCCCGGCGGUCAGCACUGAGUGGGAGCUGCAGCGUGCGCCCGCCCGCUCCUUCCUCAACCUCGCGGGCUCCUUAACCAACAAACGCAAGGAGUACUCGGAGCGGCGCAUCAUUGGGUACUCCAUGCAGGAGAUGUACGACGUGGUCUCCAACGUGGACGACUACAAAACCUUCGUGCCCUGGUGCAAGAAGUCGGUGGUGGUCUCCAAGCGGACGGGGCACAUCAAGGCGCAGCUGGAGGUGGGAUUCCCGCCCGUCCUGGAGCGCUACACCUCCAUCGUCACCCUCAUCCGCCCGCACCUCGUCAAGGCCGUCUGCUCGGACGGGCGGCUCUUCAACCACCUGGAGACAAACUGGCGUUUCAGCCCCGGCAUCCCCGGUUACCCCCGCACCUGCACCGUGGAUUUUUCGAUCUCCUUCGAGUUCCGUUCCCUGCUGCACUCCCAGUUGGCCACCGUGUUCUUCGACGAGGUCGUCAAGCAGAUGGUGGCGGCCUUCGAGCGCCAGGCGGCCAAGAGCUUCGGGCCCGAGACCCGCAUCCCGCGGGAGCUCAUGUUCCACGAGGUGCACCAGACGUGAGGGCGGCGCUGCGGCUGCGGACUGUGCCAGGCUCAGCCCCGCCCCCCUCUUAAAUAUUUAUUUGAGUGCGUCUUUGCUGCCGUUGCCUGGAAUUCCCUCCCGGCCCCGCGGGCGCCAAGCUCUGCUCCUGCAGGGGGCUGCUGGGAGACCCCCGGCCCCGUCGCACCACGGCAGGAGCCGCAGCCCAGCGCCGGACUCCCUCAUUUUGUAGCUGAUUUUGGUUUUAAGUUUUUGUUUUAGUUUUUU